ACAUCUCUCUUUGCAGGUUGCGCGAAAACGACAUCGUUUCAUGCACUUGAAACUCUGGAACCCAAACCCAAUUCGAUGGAUCCAACACCAACAACGCCAAGUGUUGCACCAAACGAACCGUUAAACCCCGACCCACAAGCCUCAACAGCAACAAAACCGCUCGACAAAAGAGCGGCAGAGAACACAGAGUCUCAAGAGUUAUUGGCAAUGAAGUCUCCCAAGAGGGCGCGAAUUGGCACCGAGAAGGAGGCGAAGCGAGUGGCGGAGAUCGUGCUGGUUUUGUCGGCGAUGUGGCGGAUGAGAGGCGGAGGAAGGGGCCCGACGGAGGCGGAGCUCCGGCUGAUGGCGGAAGCCAGAGAGAAGGUGGUGGAGAUGUGUGAGGGCUUGGCGCCCAGAGACAUUGUGGCGAGAGACGCAAUUGUGGGAUUAAUUGAAGAUUUGGGACUUAAUGGGAGAAUUAAGGAACAGAGAUUAGGGUUUCGUGGGCAACGGUUGAGUAUUAAGGAUAAGCUUGAGCUUACUAAGAAGAAGAUGGAAGACUCCAAGAAAUUUGCAGCACAACCUACUACAUAUACUUCUCACCCUCACCCGUUGCAGACAAGUUUUGGUACAACAGCUGAUAGUCGUGGGGUGUCACAUACUGUUCGCAUGUUCUCAUCAGAUAAAUCAGGUCUUUCUCCAGCAAUACACUCUGGAGGCUUCCCAGCUUCAUCGCCUCCUGUCCAUGUUUCUGCUGGAACUUCCACACCUCCACCAUAUCACUUGCCCACCAGUGAAGUAAGAACACCUACAAUUUCUACUGGCAGCCAUUUAGGAAAGGAUUCAUCUUCAUCAGCACUGCAUAGGAUUGAGAGACCACAAAUUAGAUUGGAUGGGGGAUCAAAUGGGUCUUCUUAUGCAUCCCAAGUACAAGCAAAUACUUCCUCAAAUCACUUGGUGAAUGCUCCAACUUGGACUGUGCACCCCCAAUCUGCCUCAUCAGCUAAACCCGGACCAGAAAACAAGGUGCAAAAUCUUAAUCCUAUCAAGUUUGAGGGAACUGCUGAUCUAUCACGGACAGUUCCUCAAGCAGCUAGAGAUCAAACCUUUAGAUCAUUUAUGACUCAAACUGCAUCUGGAAAUUUGCCCAGCAUGCAUCAGCCUUCACAAGGUGUGAAUACUGUUCAAGCUCCACAUUCUAGCAAUAGUCACCAUGACAUUGCUAAGAUUGUUCAGAAGUUACUGCAUCCAAAGCUUCCUGAGCAUCCCACAUGGACCCCACCUUCAAGAGAAUAUAUGAAUAAGGCUUUGACUUGCCAAAUGUGCAAACUUACUGUCAAUGAAGUGGAAACUAUCGUUCUUUGUGAUGCUUGUGAGAAAGGAUUUCACUUGAAAUGUCUGCAACUGAAUAAUCAGAAAGGAAUCCCUAGAGGUGGUGAGUGGCAUUGUGUGAUUUGCUUGAAAUUAAGCAAUGGAAAACCUUUGCCCCCUAAAUAUGGUCGUGUCAUGAGAAGUAUAAAUGCACCAAAAAUGCCUUCCAACACAUCUGUAUUUCAGUCAUCUCCAGAGAAGAAAGUUGGAUCUGUAGAUUUGAAGGUUAAUCAGCAGAAGAUAACUGUAAAUGGAAGCUCUGCUGGGUCUGGUACUAUAGGUAGCAACACUCUAGAAUUGGCACCUGGUUCAAAAAUUCAAAAUACUAGUGCAACACAAGGCAGUGAUUUCUUGUCUGGCACAAAAGAUACAGAUCAGGAAACCACUUCUGGUACUUUCCUAAAUAACACAACAAAAUCUAUAGGAGCUGUUUUGGAUUUGCCAUCUGUUGAUUCAUCCAGUGAACGGUUAACUCAGCCCACCCAAGUAUGUGAAUCAUCUACACACACAGAGAAAUUGCCUUCCGCCUCGAAAUCACAGCCUCCUGAUAUAUUAUCAGGGCCAACAAAUAAUCAUUCUGAUCAUGUACAAUCUUCACAUGAUUCACAAGUUGUUUGUACAGAUCUUCCCAGCUGUGCUGAAGUUUCUUUAGAGAAAAGUCAUGAGGGCAACUCUAUGGUUAAGCAAGAUGGGAAAGACGUUGCACAGCCAAAUCCUGUUGAAAGUUCUGGGGUUUCUUCUGAUUUAUUGCGAGAUGUGGAAUGGAUUGGUGACGUACUUCAAACUGUGGAUGAGAAAAUUUUUUACGAGUAUUGUUCCGUUGAAGGAAUAAUGUAUAAAGUGCAGGAUCAUGCGCUUUUGCAGUUUAAUCAUGGCAAAACAAUACCAUCUAAGCUUCAGGCCAUGUGGGAGGAUACUAGAAAUGGGUCAAAGUGGGUUAAGGUAAAUAGGUGCUUCUUUCCUGGUGACUUGCCAGAGGCUGUUGGCCGCCCAUGUGCCCCUGAAAGCAGUGAGCUCUAUGACUCUAAUAGUGAGAACAUUAUGAUGGCGGGCUUGAUUGAAGGUCCAUGUGAAGUUCUCACUGCUGGCAAGUUUAAGGAAGAGAAUGAAAGACUCAGUCGUUUAGGAAUUAAGGCAGAUAGAGGAAGACAGCCAAUGUUCCUGUGCAAAUGGUUUUAUGAUGAACUGAAAGGGGUAUUUCGGCCUGUUUCCGAUUAAUCUAGUCAAGCACCUAGCUUAGUCAACAUUUUUUCUUGUCUUUUGUUGUGGCAAUUCCAUCAGUACUCAUUUUUGUUCAGGUGAUGGAAAUGGGUACUUUAAACUUUUGAUGAGGGAGCUCAUACCUUGUACCAUAUUUAGCUGCAGCUUUAGUCUGUAUGAUCUCCCAAUAGUAAUUUAAAUUGUAUUCUUUCAUGCCCCAUUUUUGGUGCCUGAGACUUGCUGUAAACUAACUAUGGCAGAGUAAUUUAUAAAAAUUAUAUUUCUGCUGUU